AUGACAGAUAUUAAACAUAGCCACGAUAAAGAGAGACACGAGAUUAACUGGAAAAAUGAAGCUUAUUCACAACAUCCUCGUCAUUCAAUGAAUCUUUACGCUCAACAAUUAGUUACUAGUCCUGAUAAAGAUCGUCUAACAAAAAUGGUUGGUAUAUCAUCAAAUGCACCAAUUGGAUCAGAAAAUAUUGAAAAAGAAGAAAGUGAUAGUUUGAGUGGUUAUAGUGAUGAUGAAAAUCACAAACGAAAACAACGACGUUAUAGAACAACAUUUACGUCAUUUCAAUUAGAAGAAUUAGAAAAAGCAUUUCAACGUACUCAUUAUCCAGAUGUUUUUAUGAGAGAAGAAUUAGCUAUGCGUAUUGAUCUAACAGAAGCACGUGUACAAGUAUGGUUUCAAAAUCGUCGUGCUAAAUGGCGAAAACGUGAAAAAAUGAAUCCAUCAUGUGUAUUAAAUUCAUCAACAACAUCAUCAGCACAUCCAUUACUUCCAAAUACUCAUUCCCAUCCAUUAUUUGCACCACCAGCAAGUCUUCUAACUCGUUUUAGUUCAUUUUCUCCAGCAGAAAUCUUAUCAUCUUAUUCAUCAUUAACAUCAUCAUUUCUUAAUGCAACAGCAACAUGUUUACCUAUGUUUCCAUCAACAUCACCAUUCUGGCCUUCAACAAAUCAACUUGGUACAACAUAUCCAAAUAUAGCUAUUCUACAACAAUUAGCACAAAUGGCUGCUGCAUCAUUGGUAUCAACAACAUCUUGUGAAAAUGAAAAAGAACCAAUGAUUGAAACAAAACUUCCGAAUAAUGAUACGAACAGUAAUCAUACUAAUACGACUAGCAGUAAUAGCACAACAUCAUCACCACCAAGUAAAAAACGUAAACGUUCAAUAAGUAGUUCAAAUGAAACAUCAUCUGAACAACAAACAUCAUCAAUAACAAGUUUUGUUACACGUCCUGAUAUCGAUGAAAAUCGUCGAUCAAGUAGUAUAGCUACACUUCGACUUAAAGCACAUGAACAUACAACUAAACAACAUGAUUUACCAUCAUCAAAAUCAACACCUGCUGUUGGUGUUGUACAAUAA